AUGUCGCCGAUUUCAGCUGAUACCAGUGUCCUCGUGGUCGGAUUGGACCCUGCAGGUGCCGAAUGUUUGAGCAGGCUUGUGGAAGCAGGGGUAAAGCGGUUUACGAUUCUCAGCGAUAAGCGUCUCGACGAGACGGAGGUGGCGGGCAACGAGUGGUUAUCGGCUUCGAUCGGAGAGCCAGUUGCGGAGGCAAUUGCGGGAUGGUUGUCUACACGCAGCCAGGAACUGACCGUCACAACUCGAACGGAGGAUCUGUCGGCGUUUGUCGAGGGUUCGGCAGAUGAAAUCCGGCAGUUUUCGCUGGUCAUCACGCUGUGUGUUCCCAGGGAGAUAGAACUAGCUCUUGGGAAGAUCUUAUUUGAAGCCUCACGCCCCUUGAUCAUCACCCGAAGCAAUGAAUUCCACGGCAAGAUGCGCAGUCAAUUCCGUGUUCACAAAGACACCAGCGGCCCUGAGACUGUUGUGCUCGAAGGAGUCGAGCUGGAAAAUAGACCGGAGCCUCCCACAAUGGAGAAAUGUGAAAGGGUUCGCAAAGCCUUUGCAGCUGCAGUGGAUCUCUCGUCUCCCGAGAUGAUAUCCUUCCUUCUUGUCGUCUACGCCUCCGGCUCAGUCUUCCAGACCGUCCAGGGAUAUCCCGCCGCGCACCGGCCAGCCGCAGUAUCUCUGGCCGGCCAUGAAGCCAAAGUCGAGGCGAUGAUACGUAAGCUGAUUGAAGAAAAGGGCUUGACUCACGCCGUGGUAGAUCAGGAAGCCAUCAAAACUUGUUGCGCACACGGCUGGGGCGCUCUCCCCCUUGCAGGGACAGUGCUCGGCGCUUUCACCGCGACGGAGGCCAUCAUCCUGUUGACCAGCAGCGGACGGCCGCUGAAUACCGUGCCGUUGAAUCUGGCGGCGGGGUCGGCACUACAUAUCCCAGCAUUGUUAUAG